AUGACGGGACAAAGGUUCGGGAAAUGCAUCGCCCUUUGCCUGCUGCCGUGGAGCUGCCUGAACUUUGCCUGGAGUGAUGCUGCUGGGCCCGGGACCGCCUUGACCCAGGCAGGACACGUCAGAAAGGGGCCGCCCAGAGACAUUGCCAAUGGGACCUACGUGCACAGCAACAUCUCAGCACUGUGCACAGCUCUCCCCCCACCGCGCUAUGGAUACUACUAUGUGGACAGAGGCUCAGGCGUCUCCUUGGGCUCGGUCCUCGUGUACUGGUGCCAGGAGGGGUACCAGCUGGUGGGCAAUGAGAGGCUUUCCUGCCUCCGCCAGGAGAGCACUUCAUCCUGGAGCCACCCCCCACCCCACUGCCAGGCCGCCCCGCAGCCCUCGGGCACCGGCUCCCGCGCUGCGGUGGCCGCUUCGCUGCUCAGCGGAGCCGUUAUCCUGGCACUGUCCGUCUCCUUCGCCGUCUGUUGCUGGCGGGAUAGGGCGAGGAGGAGCCGCGGGGGGCAGCAGCACAGGAGGAAAGUCAGAGGAGGACGACAGAAACGUGACCGCUCCGCCCCAGAGAGGGGGAGGAAUGCUUUUGGGAGACUGAAACACUACCACCGGCGCGAUUAUCACCUCUCAGCCCUCUCCAGCUCUGUGUUCCCGGGGGCGUUCGCAGGCUGCAAUAACCUGGCUUUCCAAAGGACCCCCGAAAACCUGCCAAAGCUGCCCCUGCAGAGCUGGGACCCCGAAGCACAGGUCUUGCCCCAGCUGGCGUUACAGCCCAGCACACCACCCAUCACCGCCCUGCCCAGCCAGGUGCCCCGCAACAUACUGCUGCCUGCCAUGCCCUGCCAUGCCGACCUCCCCAGGGACCUGCUCCCCCUCUACUACACACAGAAGCUGUGAGGAACAUAAGCUCUUCAACAAGUUCGGGAGGCCGAUUUGAAAAUUUAAACUGCCAUUCAACUUUUUUUCCUUUUUUCUUUUAACACCAUCAAUUCCUUGAAAUUCCGCAGAGCUCAGGAAAGAAUUUCACAAGAGCCAAUUACUGCACCUGGGUUUUCAAAUGGAGAA